GUCACUCCACUGUUGGAGAAAUAUUACCUCUCACCAAUGUACGGUCUGGAAUUUGCCAUCGGCUUCAUCGGAAACCUAGUGGUGGUCCUAGGCUACAUCUUUUGCCUCCCUGCUUGGAAGUCCACUAACGUGUACCUGUUUAACCUGUCUGUGUCUGACCUCAUCUUCCUGUGCACUUUACCUGAGCUGUCCUAUAACUACGCUUACAACCUGAAAAAAUUCAAUUCAUCACUAUGUGUAGUUAAUCGCUACAUUCUCAAUGUGAACCUGUACUCCAGCAUCCUUUUCAUGAUGUGGGUAAGUGUGGACCGGUUUUUAUUGAUGUGUCACCCACAGCGAGAACACAUCCUGUUGACUCUCAAGGCUGCAUUAAUCAUCAGCAUCCUGAACUGGAUCUGGGUGACUGCUCAAAUUUCUCCUCUCAUCGUCUUCAUCAUCCAGGACUUGGAGCAAAAUGGCUGGACAGUGUGUCGUGAUUUUGGGAGCCUGGGAGUUCCCCGAGUUAUUCUGAUCUACAGCAUAAUUCUCACUAUAACUGGAUAUGUGAUGCCACUGGUGGCUUUGUUUCAGUCAUCAAACAAGAUGGUUUCUGUACUAGUGAAAAGACAGGAAUUGCGUGGCAAGUCUUUUCAAAGGCCAGUAAGAAUCGUGCGGAUCGCAACUAUCAUGUUCCUGUUGCUCUACACACCUCUCCAUGUCAUGAGGAUUGUGCGUUUUGCAUCACGGCUUCCUGAAUUAAAUUUGUCAUUGUGUGUUUUAGACUACAUCAAUGGGGCUUUCAUAGUGACACGGCCAUUUGGAUUCGCUCACAGUGCCAUCAACCCUGUGUUUUACUUCCUCAUGACAGACAGUUUUAAAGAAGUGCUGCAGGAAAAGUGGAGGCAGAUUAAAAGGAUGAUACUGAGACCGUCAUAAACGAGUCUGACCCAGACAAAGUCAGCACUGAUAAUUAUUGCCUUGCAUUUAAAUCUUAUAUUUAUAU